AUGACAACAAGAGUAGCAACUAGAAAAGAAAAGCUCUCUGAAACUUUCGAUCUCCUGGAUAUCGAUAAGGAUGGACGAUUGUCACGUAAUGAAAUUGCUGCACUAUUACGUACGGUAAAAGUGGAACCAACUCGUGUGGAACUUGAUUUCAUUUUCAAGGAAAUGGACGCUGAUCAGUCCGGCAAAAUAUGCAAAGAGGAAUUUGUUCGAUACAUGAGAUGUCCACCAGUACAUCGUACAACAUUAAAGGAACUCGAAACUCAAUUCCAUAAUUUCGAUUCGGAUGGUGAUGGUUCAAUUACUGAAGAAGAAAUGGCUCGAGUUCUUCGUGAAACCACCGACCUCAAUGAUGCACAAGUGAUCCAUGAAAUGUUCUCCGCAACCGAUACAAAUGGUGAUGGACGUAUUAGUUUCCUUGAAUUUGUAAAAAUGAUGCAAGAAUAA